CUUGCCAUCAACACCAUUAAUCUCGCUCUCUAUAUAUAUACACAUACGUACUUAUAUAACACACACAUCAGAGCAAGAACAUUUGGAGAAAAUGGUGCAGCAGCUGAGGAGAUACGCACUGUUUCUGGCGACACCGGAUUCGGAGUUCGUGAAGGAAAUGUACGGAGGGUACUUCAACGUGUUCGUGUCCACGUACGGAGAAGAAGGAGACCAAUGGGAUCUCUACAGAGUGGUCGACGGAGAAUUCCCGGACGAGAAAGAACUCGACAAGUACGAAGGUUUCGUCAUCAGUGGAAGCUCGCAUGACGCUUUCGGAUCCGACGAUUGGAUCCUCAAGCUUUGCUCCCUUUGUCUGAAACUCGACCAGAUGAAGAAGAAGAUUCUCGGCAUCUGCUUCGGUCUCCAGAUAAUAAGCAGAAUAAGAGGAGGGAAAGUGGGAAGAGCUCGCCGAGGACCAGACAUGGGACUUAGAGAGAUAACCAUAGCGAAGGAUCUGAUCAAACCAGGCGGUUACUUUGGCGAAGAGAUUCCGACAUCCUUGUCGAUCAUUAAAUGCCACCAAGACGAAGUUCUCGAAGCUCCUGAAUCUGCCAAAGUCGUCGGAUAUUCCGACAAGUACGAUGUCGAGAUGUUCUUCAUCGAAGACCACAUCUUCUGCAUCCAGGGUCAUCCCGAAUACAACAAGGCGAUUCUGUUCGAGAUCAUCGACCGUGUUCAUCACCGUAAAAUCAUCGAGAAAGAGUUUGCUGAUAAGGCAAAGGCUACAAUGGAGAAGGCGGAACCAGACAGGAAGCGUUGGGAGACACUCUGCAAGAAUUUCCUCAAAGGACGAUCCGAUUUAGUUUGAUAAUAUUCUUAAUCAAUCUGUAAUCAUAAUCAUAAACGUAAUAUUUGUCGAAUAAUUGUAUUUUUCUAGAAUUCCAUCCAUAUACGAUCAAGCGAA